GUUCAACCUCAUCUCGAGCGAUUGAGCAAGAGGUUCCGAACAUCGACAAUUCUUCAAGAUGCCUCCUCCAGCAGCUCCAGCAGUUGCCGGUGCGCAAGCACAGACUGAGAGCGGCAUGAGCCCCAUGAUUAAGUCUGCCAUUCAAGGACUUGCUAUCUUCUUUGGUAUGCAAUUUAUUAUGGGACAAUUCAUGGGAAAUAAAGGUGCCACGACGACCACGACCGACGCUUCCGGAGCUGUUGUUACUGUUCCUGCAAACACUGCUGCUAUCCCACCUUUUAUGUCGAGACCAAAUCACCUUGACGAGGGCGCGGCGUACAAUCCUAUUCCGCAGAGACUCGCACCUAUCUGGCCUCUCGAUAGUUCAUUGGAUAUCACAAUUGUUGUUUCUCCAACGUUUGUUUCGGAGCCGUUGGCAAAAGUACCGAAGGACAGAAUUGUUGUUGAAGAGAAUGGAUUUAAGUUUGGAAACUAUGACGAGAACAGGGUUAUUGAUACAAGUUUUGAGGUGCCGAAGGAGGUUCAAAACAACGGAACGCUAUGGGGACACUUUUACAUUGCUCUAGCUGGCAGCAGCAUCGACCCUUCAGUUCAAGGAUACGACCCGACGAAAGCUUACCAUUUCGUUCAUCCGCUGACGCAAUACAUUGCGCAGAAGAAGAUCAAGAAAACAAAGAAUCUUCUUGCUGCUGCCAAUGAGACUGAAACGGAGGUGGAAGAAGUCCCAACUGGACCUAUCAUCAAAUCCCAUUAUCAUCCGAACUUUACCAUGUCUUUCGUCCCGGAUGCCGGUGUUAUGUUGUUCCCAACUCUUCAACCAGCUGUCCGCCAAUACGUUCACCCUGAGGCGACAGGUGCUCGAGAUGCCACUGGACAGAAUGGAUGGUAUUAUCCUGUUUUGUUCGUGAACACUUUCUGGCAACUCAGAACACAUAUGAUGCCUCUGAACUCCACUGUUACUACUUUGCCUCUCCACAUCAACCUCAACCACCUUGCGAAUUGGAAGUUCAGUCUUAUUGCUAGCGUGGAUGAAGGUGUCAAGCAAACUGCCAGAAAUGCUGCUAAUGGUCAAAUGCAAGCUGGAGGUGGAGACGGCACUGAGUUCGAAAUGAUCAAAGAAGUCCUCCUUGACACAAACAUUUACCUCCUGGGCACGACUGUCGUUGUCAGUAUCCUUCACAUGAUCUUUGAAAUGUUGGCUUUCAAAUCGGACAUCAGUCAUUACCGAAACAAGAAGAACAAUGUCGGUAUCUCGGUCAGAUCUAUUCUCGCAAAUGUCUUCAUGCAAGCUGUUAUCUUCCUUUACUUAAUGGAUAACAAUGAAAACACCAGUUGGAUGAUCUUGUUCUCUCAAGGUAUGGGCAUUGUGCUCGAACUCUGGAAGAUCACCACUGUCGUCAAUGUCCGAAUUCGAGACGCGCCCAACUCUUUCAUCCCAUACCGAAUUGCAUUCGAAGACACUCACACGCUUUCCGACGUUGAAGAAAAGACCAAGGAGUAUGAUGAAAUUGCUUUCAAGUACCUCUACAUGAUUGCCGUCCCGCUCCUCCUCGCUUACGCUGGCUAUUCCCUCAAAUACGAGACUCAUAAAUCUUGGUACUCAUUCGUGAUCACUACCCUCGUAGGAUCCGUCUACGCUUACGGAUUCCUCAUGAUGGUUCCAUCCCUCUACAUCAAUUACCGCCUCAAGUCAGUGGCACACAUGCCCGGCAGAACCAUGAUGUACAAGACACUCAACACCUUCAUCGACGAUCUCUUCGCAUUCACCGUCAAGAUGCCCUUAUUGCAUCGUCUUGCUACCCUGAGAGACGAUGUUAUCUUCUUCGUCUACCUGUACCAGAGCUACAAAUACAAGGUUGACUACACAAGAGUCAACGAAUUCGGCCAAGGAGGAGAUGAAGAGCAAAUCGAGGAGAAGGUUGCUGCUAGACCGUUAGCUGCCCCAGCGGGAGCUGAUGCCAGUGUGGCUGUUAGAAAGGAAGGUGCGCAGAAGGCACAGAAGGUGUUGGAUAAUGUAGCCGAGAAGGCUUCAGGCUCCUCGAAGAAGGGGAAUGCUACCAAGAGGAAAUGAGUCCUGCGUCUGAGUGGGAAUAGGUAGAUAUGUAUGUAUCUGUGAUGAAUUAUUUCACUUGGGACAGUAAAUUUCACUGCGCUUCAUGCUCGUUGAUAAUAG